CCUUCCCACAAUCCCAUCACCACCACUACCCUCAACUCUUUCAUUACUCUCUUAUCCAUCUUUCAACUCUAUCUCUACCCAUCUAACCAAAUCCUAUACCACUAAAAAUGGCCGUCAAGAAAUCAAACAAGCUUCCCCAAAAUGCAGUCUUCAAGCAAAUCCUCAAGAGAUGCUCCAGCUUAGGAAAAAAACAGGGCUUUGUUGAUGAUUAUGGUCUCCCUCUUGAUGUCCCAAAAGGCCAUUUUGCAGUUUACGUUGGUGAGAAUCGAAGCAGGUACAUUGUCCCCAUCUCAUUCUUGACUCACCCUGAGUUUCAGUCUCUCCUAAGACAAGCUGAAGAAGAAUUUGGCUUUGAUCACGACAUGGGCCUCACCAUUCCCUGUGAAGAAGUUGUUUUUCGGUCACUAACAUCAAUGAUUGGAUGAAAGAAAGAAGAAAGGAGAUGAUUUGAUUUGAUGGUUCUUUCUGAUUGAGGAGGAUGACCAAGAUGAAGCAGAGUUUCUCUGUUUCUCUUUUUUUCAACAUCCCUUCAUCAUUGUUUUUCUUGAUCUGCUAUGUUCACAUCUCAUUCUUUUUAUUUGGGGGGUUAUUGAACAACCUGAUUGGGUUUUUUUUUAUUAUGUCAAAUAUGUGACUCUAACUUUGUACCUGUGAAGACUAUCAUGGGUUGGAAAUUGUAUAAAGGUUCCAUGUUUUCCUCACAGUGGUUGUGUAUACCCUGUGAGAGAAGUUUUAUUAUAUCAAUGAAAGCAAGCUAGUUAAUUUUCUGUUCUA